AUGGGACGCGGCCCGGAGCUGUCGCCUCAGUUGAGGUCGCGCAUCUGUGAAUUGCGGUCCAUCGGCUGGACCACCGGCCAGAUCCACAAGAAGCACCCCGACGUGCCGAUCAGCACCAUCAAGUCGACCAUCCGGCGCGAGGCGCUCCGUGAGAACAACGUGUCGCGGCCGCGCACCGGGGCGCGACGGAAGCUUACCGAGGAGGAUCGUGACUAUCUUUACGACUUGGUCGUCCAUCAGAACCCUAACAUCACCCAUGCCGAUCUGCUCGAGGCGGUCGACCACAAGAUCAAGGCGCGAUCCCUGCAGUACCUACUGCGCGAAAUGGGCAUCCGGACGUCGCACGGGGGCUGA